AUGCCCCGCCGCCGGCUCAAGGCUGCUCGUCUGCUGCUGCUGCUGCUGCUGCUGCUGCCCAUUUGGACGGCGGCGGCAGCGGCGGCAGCGUUGCCGCCGCUGGCCCCACAAGCGUGUCGGCAGCUUGCUGGGGGCCUGCAUGCCACAACCGAGAGUGUCGCAGUGCUGUGCCCGCCCAGCCCAAGCCCAGAGGCAAAGGGGCGUAGGCUGGGCGACACACGCAUCACGGCAAGUCCUGAGUGGAUUGGUGGUGUGUUGCUGCAUCGAUCGCACGCCAUGAUGGUUCAGGCCAGCUCCCAGUUGCAGGGUGCGCCAGCACCCACCGCCCAGGCCGUGAAGCGCGCCCCCAAGCUGGCCGUGCCCAGGCACCUGGCCUCCAUUGGCGCGGGCCUGCUGGGCAGCGGCGCCCUGGGCGUGCCUGCGGCCGGCGCCGAGCCCAUCCCCUAUGGCGCCCCCGCCGCCGCCGCUCCCGCCCUCUCGCUGCCGGCGGUACAGAUGCCCGACAUCUCCCUCCCCUCCGUCUCCCUGCCCGCCGUGGACAUCCCCGACGUCGGCGGCCUGCUGGACGGCGCCGACCCGCUGGUGGUGGGAGGCGUGGUGGCGGCGGUGGCGCUGCCCGCCGCCCUCCUCGCCCUGCUGGGCGGCGGCAGCAGCGGGCCCAAGGUGAAGGGCGUGUCUGCGGCUAAGGCUCUGGAGGCGCUGGCAGCCGACGAAUACGUCAUCCUGCUGGACAUUCGCUCCAAGGCAGACGCCCGCGCGGCAGGCAGCCCCAACCUGAAGGGGGUCAGCCGCCGCGGCGUGGUGUCGGUGCCAUACGCCUCCCUGGUCAAGGGCGAGGUGGUGGUGGACGAGAGGUUUGGGGCCAAGGUGGCCAAGGUGAAGGGCGUGGAGGCGGCGGGGGCUCCCGUCAUCCUGCUGGACACCUCCGGCUCCGAGGCGGCUGCCGCGGCCAAGGCCAUCCUGGCGGAGGUCCCCCUGGAGCGGCUGUACUUUGUGCAGGGCGGAGCCGACGCCUGGCAGGCAUCUGGCAACCCGUGGAAGGAACCCAGCGCCCCCUUCAGCUUCUCCCUGCCCGACAUCGACCUGGCCAGCCUGGACCUGUCAGGCGCCACCAAGACCAUCGCCGGCGGCGUGCAGACCACGGCGGCCGCCGUCACCACCCUCGCCUCCGACUUUGAGUCCGCCCCCGCCUCCGCAAAGGGCCUGCUGGCAGCCGUGGGCGUGGUUGGCGCCUCCGCUUUCCUCUUCAGCCAGGUGGAGCUGCUGCUGGAGCUGGCGGGCCUGGUGGCUGCCGGCCAGUUCCUGCUCAAGGUGGUCUUUGCUGAGGACCGGGAGAAGACGCUCACCGAGAUCAAGAAGGUGGCUGAGGAGAUUGAUGUCAAGGAUCUGCCCGAGGACUUGGGCAAGAUUGCUGUGACGCUGCUGGAAGACCCCACCGCCGCCCCGGCCGCCACGACCAAGAAGGCAGCGCCGGAGCCCAGCCCGGUGCCCGUGGUGGCAGCCAGCGGCGGCGGCGAGCCCAGCUCCUCGCCCGCGGCGCCCGAGGCGUAG